CGAUGAGCGGCGGUGGCGGCCCGAGGCAGCGGGGGGGCGGCUCGGCCGAGCGGCCCCCCCCGGGCAGGCGGCGGGAAGGGAGCGGUGGCAGCACCCUGCCUGUCUCUUUGGGGCUCAGGCAGGAGCUGCAGGAGGAAAUGUGGACGUCGGUGGAGCCAUCGAUAGAGUUCAGUGGCUCAUCCGGCCAACGUGCCUAUGGCCUGUCCUUUUCACAGCCAGCGGCACGUGUCCUCUGCCUUUGACUGCCCUAGCCCGAUGGAUCGGGUACCCGCAUCGCAGCUGGAUGAACUGGAGGGGGCCGUUCAGUGCGAGAUGGAGCUAAACCUGCGACCUUCAGGACUGCAGUUGGGCACUUUAACUCCUCUGCGCCAGAGGGACAGGGAGCUGCCUGGAGUACGGGACACUCUGCAGGGCUGUAAUUUCACUGCUAGAAAAGACAUGAACGAGCUGCUUUGUGGAACAGCUGGGAGGGCCCGCGAUGGGAGCGCAGGGGAGCCGGGUGCACCCAACAGAACAGAGCUGCUCGGGUCGAAGAGGAAGCAGAAGCUGCUGUUAAUCCACCAGGCCCUAACGAGUGACCCGGUGGCCGUGGAGACCCUCCGGGGGGCAGCGGUGAGCGAGGGGGGGCUGCUCACCGAUGAGAUCCGCAGGAAGGUCUGGCCGAAGCUGCUUAGCGUCAAUGUGUACAACCUGCCUCCCAAGCCAGGCAGGGCUGUCCGCCAGCACCACAAGGACUACACCCAAGUGCAGCUGGACGUGAGCCGCUCCACUCGCCGCUUCCCCCAAGGCAUGCGGGCCGAGCAGCGCCAGGUCCUGCAGGAGCAACUCAUCGACCUCAUCCUGCACAUCCUGAGGGCUCACCCCGAGCUGCACUACUACCAGGGCUACCAUGACAUCGCCGUCACACUCCUGCUGGUGGCGGGCGAGCGCAUGGGCAGUGCGCUGCUGGAGAAACUCUCCACCCACCAUCUCAGGGACUUCAUGGACCCCACGAUGGACAGCACCAAGCACAUUCUGAACUAUCUCAUGCCCAUCCUGCAGCGGGAGAGCCUCCGCCUCCAUGACUUCAUGCUGAGAGCGGAGGUGGGGACGAUCUUUGCCCUGAGCUGGCUCAUCACGUGGUACGGCCACGUCCUCACUAGCUUCCCCCACAUCCUGCGCCUCUACGACUUCUUCCUGGCCUCGCACCCGCUCAUGCCUGUCUACUUCGCUGCCAUGAUCGUCCUGCACCGGGAGGAGGAGGUGCUGGCGUGUGACUGCGACAUGCCCAGCGUCCACCAGCUUCUGUCCCAAAUCCCCCAGGACCUUCCGUACGAGCGCCUCAUCUCCCGGGCCCUCCAGCUCUUCCAGCGUCACCCGCAUGCCGAGCUGGCAAAGCAGGCGGCUCUGCAGCACCACAAGAGCAUCUCCAUAGGCUCCUUCACCGCCUUCCAGCUGGCCACCUCCCAGCAGCGCCCGGACGCCGUGCUGCGCAGACAGCGGCAGCAGGACAGCGCCCACGCCGAGGCCGCUGCUCUCCUGCCCACGGCCGGGCACAGCCUGCUGGUGAAAGCAGCCGUGUGGGGGAUUUCAGCCACGCUGGGGGCGGCGGCUCUGGCCGUCACACAGACUGCCCUGGAGUGGGCACCGGAGUUCUUACUGCAGCUCUUCUAGUGCCCAGCAAGCCAGCCAGGACCCUGCGGCCGGCACCUGCACCGGGCCACGGAGCCACAGCCCUCGCGCCUCCUCCCACUUAAUUUAUUGGACUGUCUCAAAGGCCUGGGCAGCCGAGUUCAGACAGGCUGUGCCCAGCUCAGAGCGGCCAGUAGCCAAAGCACUAGCCACAGCGGCACAGAACUGGGACAGGCCUUUCCUGCUGCUGCCUGAGCCACUCGUGGCCUGGAGGGGGCAGGGCUGGGGUUACACCCCGGGCGAGAGCCGGGGCUCGAACGCUGGAUCUCUCCCAUGGCUGGGGCAGGUCCCACCCCGGCUCUCAGGUGGAAGUGUAGAACGGUGACCGCGGGGCGCUUGCAGGGGAACAGAGCACUGAUCCCCAGCCCCCCGAUGGCCCCAGAGAGCUUUCCCAGGUUCCUUUGCCCAGCCUCUGCCCGUGGGGCUGUGCUGCUGCAGGCUGCCGGCCGUCCUGCUGCACAGGGGGUAGGUGUUUGCUAAGCACCAGCUGCCUGCGUGUUUGGGCCCAGGGCGCAGGAAGAGAGACGCCCCCGCCCAGAGGGGCCAGGCAGCCCCUCCUCCACUAGCAGGAUGGUGCGAGCGGCUGCAGGCUGCGGGAAGCGCUGUCCCAGCAGAGUGGCGGGGGGGCACUGCAGGCCGGGGCAGCGUGCCAGGAAUGGCGGAAGGCAGGGAUCACUGGAGUGAGGGUGCACAGGCAUGAGCAGAGCCUGGAAAGCAGUGAGGAAGGGCGCCCUGCACAGGCUGCACCAGGGGAGAGAGGCCUCGCCUAGAUCGCUGCUUCUCUCCUACUGCCUCCCUUGCACCCAGGGUCCUCCUGGUGUCUCCUCUGUGCCUGCCUCCGCUCUCGCCUCGGCCCUGCCAGUCCCGCCCCUCAGCCAGGACGGAGGGACGCUGGGCCCAGAGUCUGGGACAGGCCCUUUUCUCAGGGCUUCAACUUUAUUUCUUCCACAUAAAGCCAGUGCAGCACAUCAGCCGUCCCUUCCCCCAGCGCCGGGAAAGCAGCCAGUGGUGCCUGCCUCCCCAUGCCAGUCCCAAGAGGUGGCAGCAGCAAGCGGAGCUUGUGCCCUGCUUACCAAGUGGCCCGGAUCACGCUGUGUCAGUGACCUGUCCUCUUCAUUCUUUCCUAUUCCCUCAAUUUCUGUCAGCUGCAAACGUGAUCAGGGAUGAUUUUAUGUUUUCUUCCAGCUCAUUGAUAAAAAUGUUAGUGUAGGGCCAAGAACCAAUCCCUGUGGGACCCUGCUAGAAACCCACCUGCUCAAGGAUGAGUCCCUGUUUACAGUUACCUGUUGGGACCUAUCCGUUAGCCAGCUUUUCAUCCAUUCAGUGUGUGCCAAGUUACAUUUAUAUCAUUCGAGUUUUUUAAUCAAAAUGUCAGGAGGUAUCAAGUCAAUGCCCAAUAGUCUAUGUACGGUGCAUCAGCACUAUUACCUUUUUCAACCAAAUUUAUAAUCUCAUCAAAAAAAUAUCAAGUGAGUUUGACAGGAUCUAUUUUCCAUAAACCCAGGUUGAUUGGCAUUAAUUAUAUCACCCUCCUUUAAUUCUUUAUUAAUCGAGUACCAUAUCAGCUGCUCCACUAUCCUCUCUGGGAUAGAUGUCAGAUUGACAGGCCUCUAAUUACCAGUUUACCCUUUUUAGAUAUUGGUGUAACAUCAGCUUUCUUCUAGUCUUCUGGCACUUUCCUGGAAUUUUAAAACACUAGGAAUCAAUAUGAAUGGUGCAGUGCGUACCUCAGCCAGCUCUUUUAAAACUCUUGUAUGCACGUUACCUGCUGAUUUUUAAAUGUCUAACGUUAGUAGCUGCUGUUCAACAUCCUCCUGAGAGACUAGUGGACUGGAAAGGGCGUUAUAGGAGAUGACUACAUCUUUUUUUGACAGAACAAAAAUAUUUAUUGAACUUUUCUGCAUUAUUAUUGAUAAGUCUACAAUUUCCAUCUAGUAAUGAAUGGACUGUUCUUUUUGUUCCUAAUAUAGUCCUUGUCCUUAAUUCUGCUGGCCACAGAUUUCUCCUUGUGUCCUUGUACUUCCCUUAUUCAUUUUCUAUAAUUCCUAGUUUCUGAUUCAUAUUCGUUAUUAUCAACUUCCCCUUUCUGUGCUUUGUUACGUAUUUUCUAGCUGCUGUUACUUUCCCUCUCAACCAGGGUUUUUUUUAACCAAUAGAAUCAUGGCCUGCUGCUUUGAGACCCUUCUUGCCGUUUCAGCUAAGAGGCCAAGGACUGAAUGGCUACACAGGGACUGAGCCCGCCCCCCACCUCCUCUUGUUGUUGUUGGAGAGUUCUGGAUUGACAGCUGUGGAUACCCUCAAUGUGCCUUUACAGAGCGGCAAAGCUGCUAGUUAAUGUCAUAGAAUCAGAGACUAUCAGGGGUUGAAGGGACCUCAGGAGGUCUGUGCCUUUGCUGUGGGGUGAGGCCUUUAGCAAUUUCUGCUCCUUUUUGACUGCACUAAACCCGCUUUACAAGAAACAAGCACAUUAAGAAUGGUGAAAAUAAAAUCAAGGGGUUUCUUUUGUUUUAAAUAAUUGAUUUGAACUGGCCACCCUGAUGGGUCCCAUUAACAUUCCAUUAGUGCUGGGUAAGAUAUGUGAUCAUUUCUGGAAACUUUAAAAGAAUUUCCACCCCUUGCCUUGUGCUAGACACUUAGCAGGUAGGUAAUAAUGUUCUGAGCACUGCAUGUACCCUGGUCAGUGAGGGGAUGUGAGUACUCGCUGGGCUAGUGAAAUAUUUAUUUAUACACCUAUAAUGCUCCAAUUCAGGGGGGUCUCGACAGUCAGGUGACAGCAGCUUCCUAGAUACACACACACACACACACGACUUUCUGGCGCCAGUCCGAAGUGACACAGCUCUUUGGCCAGGCUCGGAGGCUAGCAAGCAAACCGGUUAUUAACAGUUAAAAGGUGACCGUAUUCCUAAGCAGGGGAUGGGUCUCGGGGCUGUCCAGAGAGGAGCUCGGGGAGGGAGAAAAGCCAGAGAGCACGUCUGUAAUGAAAAGUCGAGAGGGAAUUCCUCUUUCCAAGGUCCCCGCGCAUGGAAAAGAGGGAGACGCCCGGGAAGCAGCUCUCUGUGUACCCUGCGUUAUUGUGUGGAAGGUAUA